CAACAUGGAAUACAGUAAAUUUAAAAUUUUUAUUGCAGACCAACAGAAUUAACAUUCGUUAUGCAGUUGAAUUCUGCAAAACUAUUUCUGUGGAUACUUGCAGAGUUGAGGCCGAUUUACAGGUGAUAGUAUCGAGAAACAAAUUUGGUGAGUUUCAAGUGGAAAGCGCAUGCCUGCAGAAUUUACCCCAACUUAAGUGCAACUAAGCGCUAUCCCCAGUUGCGAUACGGUUUUUGCGGACCGAAACACCGCUUGAGUAAAUGCGUCGGCCUUUUAAGAUGUCACGAGGGUUUACGACUUUCUACAGAUCCCCCUUUUCAGAGGAACCGAGUGGCGAGCAUCCCCAUCAUCGCACAAGGCAGGUGAGAUUGCUACCCUUCCUCCUCCCUCUCCUACCCGCCGCGCGUUCGAGUUGCAGAUCUCGCGGCGCCUCCUUCACGCGACUCGCGCUCUUUUCCCGCCAUCUUGAAAAGAUGCACGCAGAAAGCUUCCGGACCUUGGGCUCCCAGUGCGCAUGCGCGUUCCUCGCGGGGUGGUCAAGAGAGAGAGGGGGAUAAAAAAAAGGGCGAACGCGAGAGGGGCGAGAGGCCUCGGGAGCCUUUUUAUGCCGCCGCUGGUGCCUCUGCAGGAUGUACCGUCCCGGUUGCGGCCGUUCGAGCAUGAUCUCCUCCAGCAGGCCCAAAGAGAACAGCAGCUCAGGCUCCCGAUGUUCCCGGUCCGGUGCCUCCACCACUCCGACAAGCGGGUCAAGUCGAGGCCGUAGCCCGCGCCGCUCCCGUUCUCCGUCUCCACGGGGCCGCCGCCACCACCGCUCGCCGUCCGCCGGACGCUCUUCGCGUCGCUCGCCAUCCCCCCGUCGCAGUAGCAGGAGAUAUUCCCCGGGUCGGCACUCACGUUCCCCGGGUCGGCACUCACGUUCCCCGGGUCGACGCUCACGUUCCCCGGAUCGACGCUCACGUUCCCCGGAUCGACGCUCACGUUCUCCGGGUCAGCGCUCACGUUCUCCGGGUCGGCGUUCUAGAAGUCAACACUCUGAAUCUUCAGUGGAACAGAAUUUGCGGAUCACUGUUGGCAAUGAUCGUUAUGGUAUUGAUACACCUGAGAGAAAGAGGUUAUGCGAUAGACUGGGCUCACCAGUUGACAGCCUGAGUGAUAUGGAUAGGGAUGAUUUGGCUGAUGGACCAAUAUUUAGCAGAAGCCUUUUACGUCGUCGGAGCCUUGAGAGAUAUUCUUCUCGUGAGGAAAAUCAGGCUAGCCCUUACAGUAGGAGACAUGAUGAGGACUAUCACAAUAGGGAUGUUUUCCUCCAUCAAUCAGACUAUGGCAUGAACUAUGAGGAUAAACCAAGAGAAGCUGAUAGGGAAGGUGAACUACAUAGAAAAUCCUUAUAUGCAUUGGAUGAUAGAGGGCGGGAGCCAAAACGACCUCGAUAUGACAGAAAUGACAGAUUACUUGAUAUGAACAUGGAACCACAGGGUUUCUUGUCAGGAACACGAAAGUACCGUAAACGAAGUUUUAGUAGAAGUCCAAGUCCAAUAUAUAUCAAUGAAGAUUUUCGCGAACUUGAAAGUGCUAGAAGGAAAAGAAAAGAAGAGGAACUGAGCAGAAAUCUGAGUCGGGAACUAUCUGGCAAUAGCUAUGUGAUGACUAGUUCAACUAAUCCAACGAAAUCGUCUGAACCUCAGUACCUUUAUAGACCUGAUGAGGCACCAGCAAUGCCCAAAAAAUCUAUUUUGAAGAAACGUGUGGAUGAUCAUUCUGUACAGCCUGAAGUCUUUUCUAGCAGUUCUUCUUCUAUUAAAGAGCCCCCACUUCUUUCAAAUCAUUCUUCUUUGCCCCAGCGUGGUAGUGUUGCUCCUUUUUCAUUGGAGGUAGAGAAUUUCCUCAAACAAUUCAACAAAAGUGCAGUUGCAGAGUCUACCAGUAAGGAAACUCAAGGCCGUGAGCCUGACUGGAGACCAUUUUCUGGUCCACAUCAAAGUACACUUCCUGCUGAACAAAACUCUGAAAAUUUUCUAAAACAAACAGAGCCUCAUGAGUCAACAUCAGAGUCUGUUGACCACCCUGGUGAUUUCCUGCUUCCUCAUGAAAGAGCCAGCCAGGAUGGAAGUGGCUUUUCACGUAUUCUGGGCAUUUUGGGAGCAAUGGCAGAUAAUAAUACGGAAGAAAAAAAAAGUUUUCCUGAUGAUCUUGAGGAUGAAGAGAAAUUUCUUUAUGGUGAUGAUGAUGAGGAGGAGGAGGAGGAGGAUUGUAAUACCAGCUCUCCAUCUACUCAAAAACUAACAUUGAGUGAUGGGAAGGAAUCAGUAAGCCAAAAAGUAGGUUCUCCACCUCCAUCUGUAAAUUCAGAACCAUUAGAUGAAUCCAGACCAGAGUAUGAGAAGAUUCAUGAUUUGCUUAAAACUAUUGGUCUUGACAUUGGAGUGGCCGAAAUAGGUAAACUUGCUGCUCGUACUCAGGAACGUCUUCAUGGAAAAAAGUCAUCUCAUUCACCUGAUCGUUAUUCAGGAGCUUCUUCCAAAGCAGAAAUGUGGGAGAGGCGUCGCAAUCGCAGUGAAACUUAUUCUCCAGAAUCAAACCAGAAGCACUCUCUCUCACCUACUGUUCCUUAUCCAUUAUCUACAAAAUCUGACCACAAUACAAGCAAAAUGUUAGGACGAGAUAAUCCUGUUGACACAGUUGAGCAAUCUGUUCCUCCAAUGUCUCUAAUUCCAUCAGCUCCACCAUCUCUUCCUAAUAUGUCACCUACCCCCACCUCUGUUCCCCAAUACAGACUUUCAAGCUUUUCACCUUUUCCUACACCACCAUUACCGCAAAACUAUCCUUCUCCUACAAUGGCCCCUCCUGGCUAUGAUGCGUAUGGACACUACAUGGCUUAUGCAGCUUCAGGCUGGCCCAUGUAUGCUCAGCAGACUGACCCUGGGCUUACAGAUAUGCAUGGGCUUGUCACACUAACGGUACCACCAAAUCCAACACGGCCCAAUCUUAGAGUUAUUGAGACAGUUUCCACAGCCAAAGGGACUUCUAAUAGCAAAAGAGAUGAUUCUGUGCUUGUGCAAAUCCCCACAGUAGAUCCUUAUUCAAAAUUACAUUCUCCGUUCUCUCGACCUUCAUUAAGAGGUUCCACGGAAAGAAUAUCUGAUGAAAAAAACCGAGCUUCUAGGAAACAAAAGGUAGUAGAGGAAAUUGAGAAGUUGAAAGCUGAACAAGAAGCACGGCAAAAAAAACUACAUUAUCUCAGAGCUGAAUUAAACAGACUUUCAAAACAACAAGGGGAAUUGCUGCGGAAGAAACGGAGGGAGAAGGAUGGACAUAAAGACCCCUUGCUAAUAGAAAUCAACCGACUGCAAGACAACAUUGCGAAGGAAAUAGCUCAGCUGAAGAUGAAUGCCGAUGCUGCAGAGAAGAAACAAUCUGAACUUGACAAGGUAGCCCAGAUCUUGGGGAUUAAUACUUUUGAGAAAUCCCGGAAACUAUCUUCAGAAAGUAAAGACUCUUCAGAAAAUGCAAGGACUCAGGAGAAAACGUCUGAUCUAAUCAAGGAAUCAAGAACUAAUAGUGACAGAUUCAAGGGAAAGAGUCCAAAGUCUAUGGAAUCUUCUUCACAGCCAACCCAAGAGACCAGUGUUUAUGACUACUAUGAUACAGGGAACCAUUGGUGUAAAGAUUGCAAUACUACCUGUGGAACUAUGUUUGAUUUCUUCACACAUAUGCAUAAUAAGAAACAUAGACAGACCCUGGAUCCAUAUAACAGACCCUGGGCAACAAAGACUCAAAAUGAAGCAAAGCAGGAAGUCACAAAACGAAUUGACAAAAUACCUUUUCCAGCCAAAGGUUCUGAAUUUCUUAUCCCAGUCACUGGAUAUUACUGCCAACUCUGCAGUGAAUUCUUUGGAGACCAGAUAUCAGCAGAACAACAUGUCAAAAGUCAUCUACAUAAUGAGAAAUAUAAGAAACAUGUGGAUGAGAAUCCUCUCUAUGAAGAAAGGCGGAAUCUGGAUCAUCAGGCAGGAUUGUCUGUGAUUCAGGAAACUGAACGCAGACUGAGACGGAAACUCUGUGAAAAACAAAAAGAGGAAAAAGAUGACAAGACAACAAAAACAGCAAAGAAAGAAGAAACAAAGAAUAUCGAAGAACUAGGAGAUGGGAAUAAUGAAUGUGAAAUUAGUAAAAGGAAAGAAAUCUCUAAUGGUGAAAAAUGUGGGAUUAAACGUAAUUUGAAGAAAGAUGACAAAGAAAUGGAGAAGAAGGAAGAAAGAAAAGAGGAAUAUGAAAAGGAGUCAAAACUAACCACUUUUGGAAAAUUCAGUUGGAGAAAGAGUGAGAGAGAUGAAAAAACCCAAGGGAAAGAUAUAACUGUUUUAAGAGAAGAGAGCCCCGAGGAAGGUAAAGAAAGUAAGUCCCAAUCUGGAAAGCAAAAUUCAAAGCCCAUUGCAAUUAAAUUAUCUGGAAAAACCGUCAUUCCACAUACAAGCCCCUGGACACCAGUUGUUUCAACUUCAUCACAAACCAAAAUCCGCCCCAAUUUACCAAUCCCAGUGAUGGUUCUAAGGAAGACUGCGGUUACAACAGUAAGCAAGCCAGCACCCCUAAAUACUUUUUUGUCUAUAAAAUCUUCUGGUACCUCUGCCAAACCUCUGCCGGUUGUCAAAGAGGGGAAUCCAGACAUUGUUUUGGCACCAGAUAUUAUAUCAAAAGCAUUUGGGGGAGAAGUAGUAGUUUUAAAGGGAUCACAGGAGGAUAUAAAAGAUACAAAGGAAGAAGCAGAGGAAGGCAAGCAUGAAAGUGAGACAAAGGCUGUGGAACAUACAAAUGUAACAAAGGCCCAAGAGCAUGCAGAGGUAGUGGCAAAAGCUCAGGCAAAGGCACGGGAGCUUGCAGCAAUGGUGAAAGAACAAGAGGUCUCACACAUGACAAAAGCAAAAGAGCAAACUCUUGAGAGGCCACAUAAGCGCCCUCCUCAACUGUCACUGCCUCCAGCACCACCACUGUCACGAUCUGUACCGCAGGCACCACCAACAGUAUUUGCCCCUCAACCCCCUCCGCCACCAAAACAACUGGUUAUCCUGGCAGAUGAUAUGGCACCCGGUGUAUCUGAGGAUGAUAAGAACAUAUUGGAAAUGCCCAUGUGUCCUCGCCCCUUGCCACCUCGAGCUGUUUUUGGGGAGCAUAUUAAAAAAUUAAAGAAAAAUAACUCUUCUCUGGCUGCAGGCAAUGCUAAAGAUCUAUAUGACAUUUUUUACAACAAUAGUGGGAGGAAUCCAGCUGAGAGCAAGCUAGUGAACUCUGCACUUUCAGAAAAAGGAAAAUUGUAUCCUACCGAGAAGGAGAAAAAUACAAGUCUACAGGUAAAUUCCAAGCCAAGUUGUAAUCCUUUUUCAGAGGAAUCGGUUUGCAGUGUGUAUACUUCCUCGGCUAAGAACCCAGAAACAGAGGAAGUAAAAGAUGAGAAAAUGAUGACAACUGAUGAAAUUAUUGAAAUCAAAACCAGUGUUGAGAGGGACCUAGAAAAAGUCUCCUUUUUAGAUAUACAAUCUACAUUGUCAGACGCAGAUGAUUUAGCAAGAAGUACCUCUUAUCCAUUCCAUAAUGAGGAAGAAGUGGGAAUUCCUGUUCCAUCUGACUUUAACAAGAAAUCAUCUAAACCUGAGAAAAGUGAGUUAGCUGUGGAGAUAGAAAAAAUGAGCCCUCUUCCUUUGGAUAGCUUUACUGAGCCAUCUGUCAUUCUUGAGACAGCAGAACAUGACAUUUCUAAUGAUCGAUCCGACACACAAAUCUCAGAAAUCUCUAACAAUCUUCCAGAAACUAUCUCUGAUUCUGCGCAAAAUGACAGUUAUUCUAAAGAAUUAUCAAUUGAUCUAAAACAAGACACUAAUAGUGGGAAAAGUCCUCAGCCUUCAAAGGUCCAGUAUUCAGAUUCAGAGCUAAACAAAGUUGAAUUAAACUCUUUCUGUACAAACAAUGAACAAGAGGAUUUUAAUGGUUCUCAGUUAAAGGAUGGUGAGGAUUUCAGUGUAGUUAACGUUCUAGAAUCUGAAGAUAUUACAAACGAGAAUUUUGUUAAUUUAACAAUAUGUACCACAGAAGAGAAUCAUGAACAAAUCGAUCCAUUCCCAUUAAGCUGUGAAAGCAAGGAACUCCAAGUGGUAAAAACAGAAGUGUUGGAUAGUAUUUCUUCUACAAAUGAAAUUAAACCUAAUUAUGUGGAAUUCAUGUUUCUAAAACAUGACAAACAAAAAUCAUCUGCUUCUGAUUUGGAAUUAAGUGGCACCGAAGGAAGAAGAACUAUGGAAACAGAAAGUGCUAAUUUUCCAACACUUCAGCCAGAAAUGAGCCAAGAAUCACUAGAUCCUCUUCCAACAGAAAUCAGUAUUGGGCAUCUUGGAGAGGUGACCCUUUCCUUCACAGAUUUGAGUACUGAAGUAUUGCAUACCCCAACAGCUGAUAAUUUUGACCUAAACAAUACAUAUCCAGAACUUAGUUUUGAACAGUCUACUACUUUUUCUCUGGAUUUAGAAAAUGAAGGAGUCUCUCCAAAAUCUGAUGAAACAAAGGCUAUGGAUUCUCCCAGACUGAAACCAAAUUUGGAAUUAGAAACCAUUGAUUUCACUCUGGGAAAUAUUACAGUGGAACAUGAAGUGGUGGAUAUUCUGCCAACUGAAAUUUUAAACGAGGACAAUGCAGACAGUCCAAAGUUAGAAAUGGUUGCACCUAUUUGUUUAGAGUCCAGCAAAAUGAGCGAGUUGGACACUGACGAACCAGUGAUUGAAUCCGAAAUAAUUAAUUUUGUUUCAUUUACCUCUGAUGAUCAAGAGGAGAAAUUUUGCUCAGUGGUUUCAGAUGCAAUUAUUCCACAUGUGGUGUCUCCUGCAUCAAAGGGUGACAUAGCAGAAGUAAGCAUGCCUCUUGCUCAAUUGCAGGAUAUGCCUUCUGUUUCCAUGCCCCAACCCUUAUAUAGUAGCAAAGGAGACAUGCCUGAUAAGCUGUUGUGGAGCUGUGGUGGGGAAAAUGUACAAAACCAAACUCUGACAUGCAUGGAAUCCAUCUUUCCAAAACUAAAGGAAUCUGGAAAAGUGGGGGGUUCAGGUGACAGUGAAUUGUACAGUCUCAAGAAUCAGAUGCAGACAUCCAUAGAUAAACUAACAAAGACAGAGGAAGAAAAGAAUGAGGAUAAAUGUGAAGUUGAAAAUAAGUUGGCUUCAGAAGAAACUGACAAAUCUUCAGAACACCUGGUAAGUACAGACAAAAUUGUUCCAAGUCUUUAAGCAGCAAUUUUUGAAAUUUUGUAAAUAUUAUAUUUUAGCUUAAUAAGUUGAAAAUUUAUACUUUGCAAUAGUCUUUUGCCAAAAAAUAUCUAAACUUCUGACUAAAAUGUAAACUGUAUUGUAUAUAUCUGAUUGUGUAAAAUAUUUCUUUUUCAGUCUUGGACUUCCAGCCAUUAAAAAUGGAUUUCUCAUCCGUAGUAUGUGUUUCGGCUAUGGUUUGGUUUUUUUUAAAUUAUUAUUUCUAUAAAACUGUGACUACUUUUUACAUUUUUCUUUGACUUUUUAUGGUUUCUGAUUUAUACAGCUUUUGUAAAUAACAUUCCAAGUGCAACACUGACGCAAGGACAGUUGUUCAGGACUUGAGAAAAAAAGAAGGCUCUUGCUGAACCAUUUAAGCAGAAAGUUUCUUUGAAACGUUUUAUAUGUUUCAUUGCACAAAAUGUAAAAUGCAUGAAAAGUGUUCUGCAUUUUUCAUCAUGCAGAAGAUUGUUCUGCAUUUUUUACUUGUUAUCUUGUUGAACUACACCUGUAAUCAAGACUGUGAUGCCAUAUUGUAUAAAAUCCUGUGUGGAUGCCAUCUCACUGAGCAAAGGAGAAAUAUCUAUCAACUCACUUUUGGAGAAAGAAAAUCUUUGGUAAGGCUGUGGCCCAUCAAUUGGACUCUGCAUAUUGAGGUCACUUGCAUGAUUUAAAAAUCACAUUUUAUUUUACUACAUUGUGGUACAGUAACUGUUUGUGUUAAAUUGUUUAGCAGUUGCCUAACUCAGAAGAAAUGGAAGAUCUGAAUUUUGCUCUCUGGAUUGGAUUUCCAUCAUAUAACCAGACAUUACAUGCCUGAAUGAAUCCGAGCUACAAAAAUACUGUUGUGUGAAGGUUUUCAGUUAUACAACUUGUCAAGAAACGCAGUGAUGUUUGCAUGGAUUUAUCUAAAAGGUUAUAUCUGUAAAUCUAAAAUAAACCUAUGAAGAUCUGCGAUAUGAUAAAUAUUAUUUCUGUGUCUUUUUUAUGUCUACUUCUAUAAGUAGUGUUUGGAUUCUGUGGUUGAAAUAAAGCUGAUGAAAAUCUUCCUUAAGUUUUUCAUCUUUCAAAUUCAUCUGAUCAGCUUCUUAAGAGAAAACUUUGCUUAAACAUUGCAAAGAAUUAUAUACUUUCCAUUUUAAAAUAAAACUUUAAAGGUAAACUUGCUUUGAAUUUUAAAUAUACUUGUUCAUCGUACAAGAUCAGUGUGCAUAGGAGAUGUGAAAUACUUUGUAAAUACAAGAAAAAAUAUACUUCAGUGGAAAUAAAAUGGCAAUAUUAGAAAUCAUUUCUUGUGAAUAUAUAAUCCCCUAAAUUAUGAAGUGUUGCUAAAUCUAGUGCUUUACUAACAACUUUCUUUUUGUCUUGACUCCUGGUACCUACAUGAAUAAGUCUUUGUAGUUUUCAUAGCAACAUUUUUGAAAAAUGAUUUAUUGACCUAUUCCUAGAGCUAAGAGAGAAUGACUGGCCCAAAGUCUUCUAGCUGGCUUUAUGCCUAAGCAGUAAGAGAAUAAAUGGUUUUCUAAUUUCAAGAUCAAGAAGAAUUUAGAUUUCCAGUUAGCAACCUGGGGCGAUCAAAAUUGCACAGGGUAAUAAUGAUAGAAAUUAUCAGAUGUAGGAUAGCAUAAAGUCAGAAAUUUAGCUAAGAUGUAAUUGUCUGUUUGUAUCAAGGUAAUUAGGAAUUACAUGGCCAGCUCUAUUGGUUUAAUAGUACAAUUGUUGAACAUGUCUAUAUAAAAUGUACUAAUGUAACAAAUAUUUAUAUAUCCUGCUUAAUCCAGCAAAAUUCAAAAUAAUUUACAAAUUAUAAUAAUGUAGCAAUAAUGAUAGCAAAACAAAAUUACAACAUGAGAUGUUAUGGCUUGCACCCCACAUACUAGGUCAACUUGUUAAGCAUGGAAUGCAAGUAAGUAAAGGGAUGUAAAACUGUUCAUCUUUUACUGUUUUGUUGCAUACUGCUGAUGGUUUAAGGCAGGGGUGUCAAACUCAUGGCAUCACAUCACAUAUCAUGACUUUUUUCUCCUUCACUAAACCGGGGGUGGGCGUGGCCAGCGUGUCAUGCAUCUGGGGUGCAGUUUUGACAUUCUUGAUUUAAGGGGUUGAGAAGCAUGUUUAAUAUACAAUGUUCUAAUAAAAUAAUUAAUUACAUUCCCUAGGAUUAUCCUACCAAGGUACAAUCUUUUCUUCUCCCUUCAGUAACUUUUUGUAACUUUUACAAUAAGGCUAUAAAGCAUAUUAGAUUAAGAAAUGGCAACUGGCUCAAGGCUAGGCAUUGAGCUUUAUAGGUCCUCAGUCCAGGACUGCAUUCAUUACAUAAAACCGGGUCUCAUAAUUUCUCUUAUUCUGGAUCAGAUUAUUUUAGCAAUCUCUUUCUCAAUAUAUAACAGACCCCCACUCAGUAACCUUUACAUAAAUCAUUAAGAUUUUGCUGUCUCCCCAUGCAUUCAAGGUCAGUUGAGCGGGAGUCUCCCUGUUUUGCUGUGUGGUAGCCAUUUUAUAGUUUGUAUUUAUGUAUAGUUAGCUUUUGUUUUAAGGGUGUUUUUUAUUUAUUGUAUGCUUUUAUUAUUUGUGAGUUGGGAGGCUUUAUACAUUUUAAAAAUAAAUAAUCCUGAUUAAGGUCUCCCAAGAUUCUGAGCAGAAUUCCUACGCAUUCUAUUAUAUAUUAUAAGCAAGCAAGCUUCAAGAGGAAAAUAAUCCUCUUUUAGUCCAUAAGCCAGGGAUGAAUAUAGUUGCAAAGAAACAAGUAUGGAUAAUAAGCAGUAACUGUAGAUAGAAAGGUCAAUAAGAACAACUAGAAAAAUUCGUAAAUAAGAAAUACUUUUAAAUGGACAAUGUAGAAAAAAAAUAGUGUUGGCGGAAAUUGGUGCUAUAUCAAAAUAUUUGAGAAAGUGAUCGGAUACAAUAUGGGCAGAAUCUCAGCUCAUCGAUUACAAAAAAGUAGCAUUGCUUGGAAAAGUGCAUAUAUUGAACAAUAUCCUAGAUGGGAAGUAUUCAAUAGUCAAAAGUAUCAAGUAUAAUCAGAACCAUUACCUUAGGUUGCUUGUAAACAUUAAAACUACAAUUUUAUUGACAUCACAAUCAAUAUUAUUUACACAACAUUGUUGAUUGUGGUGUCAACAGAAUUGUAGUUUAAAUAUUUACAAGUAACCUAAAUCAACUAGUAUUGAAAACAUGGCUAAGAUUUGAUUCUGCAUUUAAUGGAUAAGCUUAUAUUUAAUAAUUGGAAGAGAUUACCUUUGUAUGCAAAUGAAGAAUGUGUGAAAUUGUAUAACUGGGGACAAUUUUAAAAUGUUCUAAACUCUCUAUUAUUUUAGAAACUUCAAGAACAAUGCAAAAGAAAUUAUUGCUGUCUAUUCGGGUAACAGUAGUGAUUUUACAGAUAAUUUUUGCCUUGUCUUCUGAAUGUUGAAAAUUUGCAGGGACCCUUGCUUCAAAUAUCUUAACAAAAAUAAAUGUAACUGCUUAAAAUUCUUUAGCCCCCCUUUAUUUCAAAAUAGUUGUGCUAGUGGUUGACCUGAAACAGAUGUUUCAAGAUAACAUUUUCUCAUAUGGAAUUUAGAUUAUACUUUUGUGUAGGUUCAGCCUUAUAUGAUCUUAACUUUCAAAGUAACUAAACAUGAAAUGAAGUGGAGAAAUCCUUUCCUCUUUCAUCCAUCAUGCACACAACCAACUUGAACAGCUGAAAGCAAAAUGUUGCUCCUCUGAUAGCCAGCUUCAGCUGCUUAUAUCUUUCUCCUUUAUUGAAGUGGUUGCAAGUGUUAAUUCCCCAAGGUCUGGUUUAAGGCACUAUUCAUAUUUUCCAAAGUGAAAAACAGCAGGAAGGCUCAACUUCCAGAUUUUCAUAGUUGAAAGUGAAGAGGGAAGGGCUCAUCAUCGACAUUCUGGAGGGAUUAAUAUGACAAACUGAUUUCCCUCCUUAUUUUAAGUGUUAGACCAGAUUGCAAAUACAUUUAGAAUGUGUAAAAAUGAUCAUGGAGAUUACUCAAAUGACAAGCUACACAUAGGCAGUGUUGCUAACGCCACACAGUUUCAAGCAACAGAUAUCUAAACUUCUAACUUUGGAACAUUGCACAAGAUCAGGCUUUACUUGAGGCAUGUCACACUGAACUCUUAUUCUUACUGUACCAUUAUUGUUUUCUUGCAUUGAGCUUGCUGCAUGAGAGUGUUAUGGAAAAUUCUGUUAUAGAAAAUAAGUUCUGUACAGUGGCAUUGCUCAUCCUGUAUAAUGUUUUGAGCGAGAGGGAGAACUUUACAAAAUAAUGAUAGCUGGUACUAAAUCUCUACAUGCUGUGUUACAUGCUGGAAAAAAAUAUCAAGCUAUAUGCAUAUCACUCUCCAUGUUAACAAUGUUAUUGCUAUUCAACAAGGUAAACACUUAUGCUUGAGAAACUCUUAGAAGUGGGUAAUAAUCAACUGUUUGAAAAUCACUAAAUUGAAAAAAAAUAGCUGAAGAAAUGCACAUCAGAAGUCUUAUACUUACCCACUGAAGUAAUGAACAUCUAAAAAUAUGAUUUCUCCCUCAAACAUUACGUUUUCACAGUAAUAGUUCAAAAUGUAAGAAGCUCAGGUUUCCAAGACAAUUUGACAGAAAUCUGGAUUCUGAUGAAUAAAUCUGAGCAUAAAUACACAAAUUUUCUGUACUGUAACUACUGGGAACUUGUUUUCUUCAUUAAUUUGUAUUUAUAUUUCUCUACAUUUUGUAGAAAAUAAGAUAUUGAAAGGAUUGUGCAAGUAAGAAAAAUGUUUAAUUGAAGCAAUUAUGGAAUGUCAUGCUCAGAUUGUUCGUUUUUACCAUAGUAUGUGCAUUUAAAGGCAUUUAAAUUUCCAUCAAUCUCAGAAAUUGAAAUUAUUUUUUUUUAAAUUCAGAGAAAUAGAUUGAUUAAGAAAUUAUCCCUUUUGGUUAGUAGCAAUAAUGUUUCAUAAUUAAUAAGGUAAUUUUGGUUCUGAUUGAAUUUUUUCUCUCCUACUAUAUUAUAGGAGCUUUAAUAUUUAUUUUUUAUUAAUUAUUAUUUAAACUUUUAUUCUGCCCAUAAUAUAGUAAUAGAACUGUGUAUGUGUAUGUAAAAAUGUUUUAGAAAGUCAUUGCAAUAAAACAGUGAUCUUGCUAAUUCUGUGGAAUUUACCAGUAACUCAUGGAACUGAAAAUACUUAAUUAUCAGAUUCAUAACCUUAAAAUAAUUCUGUGUGGAUCAGCUAAUUCAGAUCUGAACCUUCAGACAAGAUCAUUUGUAGGGAUAGAUGAUGGGACUUCAGUCUUAAUUGAAGGUAAGUUCAAUUAAGCUCAAUUUGAAUAAAUACUUUAGAUAAUAACAUUCCAUAGUACCUGUUUUUCUUUUCAUCUUACUGUUGAUCUGUGAGAGGUUAUAUUCUGUAAAAUUCUGUUUCUAGUUAAGACAUAGCUGUGGUGAAAGCAACACAUUAGUUUUGCAAGAACUUUGAUAGGUCUAAUGAAAGAAUUGUAGGACCAUGGGAACCUUUACCUUGUCUGGCAUUUACAGACAGACAGAAGACAUUCAGAGACAGAAAAGAAAGAAAAAGAAAGAUGAGGAUCAGGCUUGUGUGUGUAUAAAAAGUUCAGGACCAUUUCUAGGCCCCUCUCUGUUGCUGGCCACCAUGGUAUAUAUACAAUGAUAAACAAAAACAAUUUAUACUAUUCCAUUAAUAUUUGCUCAACGUAACAUCUCAAUUCAUUUUUAAAACUCUUACUGCUAAAUAUUAGUCAUUACAAAUAUUUCUAGAAAAUACAAAAAAGAUCUUGAAAAAUAAUGCAAAGUGCAACUCAAUUUAUAAUGUCCAAGAUAGACUUAAUUCCUCUCAUUUUUAUUUUUUACUGAGGCAGUUCUUAAUUUUCUAUGAUUACUUGAAUUGGUGGGUUUUAAUGGUAUUAAGGUUUUGCUUUUAUAACUUGAUUUGAUGCAGACAUUUUCCCCCUGACAUCAUUUGUAUGGGAGAAAACAUGGAGCAAAGAAUUUUAUAUGAGCUGUAUAUUAAGAUAAAGAGAUGUAGAUAUUGCAGAAAAUGUUUUAUAGCCUGAUCCUAGAAUCUUCAAUAUUAUUAUAGAUUAUAUGUUUAUUGCUAUGUCUUAAGUUCAUUAAAAUUAUUAUAAAAUUA